UGUUUGCAGCUGCUUGUUUUGGCUGCCUCGCCGCAAUCGGCCUCCGCUUCCGAUCUUGGAGCUGCGCCAUCUGAUCUCAGCAUUCUACGUACGCGUACAUUCUAUAGCGACACGACGGCGGCAUUGCGCCAGGCAAUGCUGCAACUGGUCGGCGGACGGGACCUCGUCUCGCUAUCAGAUGGCGAAGUCCGCGCGCUGCUUCAAUCAGUCCUAGCAGCCUUGACUCCAGAAGCUACUCUCCCGUGCUUGAACUGGACAUGGGCGCAACAGCUUCUAGACGGCACCGAGUCUGCUGUAGAAACCUUGGCGGGGUUGGUCUCCAGCGUUGCCGCUCUGGUUCAUCGCGUUCGCGACAACGACGCUGCGCAAGCCGAUUUAGCAGCAGCCGGCUCGAGAAGAGGCGGUAGCAAUAGCCCCUUGGCUACCAUUUUGCUGACUGGGAAUGCGCAGGCCAUUGCCGACAAGCCACUCUCCUACCAUUCGCCAUUGUUCUACCACGGGACUCGUGGGUAUUACGCCGAUUUACAGGUUGGCUGCAUCAUGCUAGAGCAAGUGUUUGGCACGGCGUCGCUCCUGGUGACGCACUGCUCUUCCCUCGGAACUUCGCUGGUGAGUGGAAGAGUUCCGAGCGAGCUCGGCAAAAGCGUCAUGGGCCGGGGACUGCAGUGGUUUCCACACAGUCUGCUCCUACGUCGAGCCUGGCACGCGUUGCGGCGGGAGCAGGGCCGCUAUCAGCGGCUGUUGUCCGGUCUCGGCGAGUUGGCAAUGGAGAGCGGACCGCUGGGCCUCGCGUUCGCCAUCGAGGACGAGCGUACCGCUGGCUCGCGCGUGCAUCAAGCAGGAGGGUUUGACGAAGAGACCGAGUCGAUGCAAGGCAGGAUCAACCGCAUUCGUGCCGUGUUGGCGCGGGCGUUUGAUCCGACGAGUCGACAGUGCGAAGGGCAAUUCCAGUCCGAGGUGCGCCACUGCGUUCCGCUUUGGCGCAUGUUUUUGCAGUUUGAAGCGUCCUGCGUUUUCCGCGAGGAGGCGGCGGCUCGCGUGCGAGAGCGCGAUUUGCUUGUGACGCUCGAAACGAAGACGAGUGGCCUUCUGGAGCGCCAGGAAGGCCAACAACUGCUCCAAGCCGAGCGACUCCGCUUCUUGCAGCCGACGUCGGCAGCAGCACCACCACAACAGCACCAGACCACUGGCGAUGGUGCAGAAAACGCAGAACUCGAACGCCUGAAAUCGGGAUUUCACAAGCGCCUGGAGGAUGAACGGAGGCGCCGCCACCGUCGCCAGCGCCAGCGACUCACCGGUGUGUUUGUUCGCGCGCUGCAGCAGUGCCCUUGGGCAAAGGUGCUGUAUCUGGACGCCAUCCAGUGCGGCUUGUACCGCGGACCUCUCCAUCCCGAUCUCGCCACACAACUCCAAAUGGUGCGCAAUCCGCACGAUUGGGACGAUUCGCUCCAAGAUGUGGUCGAUCUCAUGCAAGAGAAGGGCCUGCAUGUGCGAACAAGCGUUGAAGAAAUCGAGGCGCUGGAUCAUGUUGAUGCGCAUCGAGCUAAUGAUGGAUCUGCGAUGACAUUUUGA